CGGAGCUCCUCUGUCUUAUUUUGUUUUGAGUUUGGAGUUUCCGAUCUUUCUAGGAAGCCCUCGGUUUAAAGGAAAUACCAUCCGGGGAACUAUUUAACGAAUUUCACCAGAUCAACGGAUGCAUCGGCAUGGUAUAUGGCAGAACUUUUCCCAAUUGAUGAAAUAGUCAGCACCGGGAUAACAGGGAAGUAAAUGACCGUACUUGGUCCGCUCGUCCGAACAGACAUAGACAAAACCAUAGCGUGUCUUGCUCAUAGAUAGUCUCAUAUUGAGCUUUGAUAUGAAAGUGGAUGGACCAGAGCCCACUGCAUUGUAUUAUUAUACUCCGUACGAAGAUGUGCGCAUGUCUUGUGUUUGGGAUCUAAUCCACUGGGUAUAUAAAGCGUCAUGACCCAUCUUCUCUGCCUGCCCUCGUCUUCCUCUUCUCUCAUUACUCGAUUUGUUUCGCAACAGACGACCGUUCUACACCUACAAUGUUGGCCCUUUAUAUUGCAGUGACUCUCAAUGCCAUUGGUAGCGUCCGAUGUGCCAAUGUAUCCAAUCCAAUUGUUGAUCUAGGAUAUGCUAAAUACAGGGGAAGUUACAAUGCUACAUCAGGGACCAAUGAAUGGCACGGCAUUCGCUAUGCACAACCACCCUUAGGCGAAUUCCGCUGGCAAGCUCCCCGAGAUAUUGAGUACCAUUAUAAUCACACUUUGUCCAUGUUGGACGCGACUGCACCUGGCCCAAUUUGUGUCCAAGGUGCGCCUGCAUGGCUUGGCAUGAUGCUUAGCAUGGAGGCUGGCAUAGUAUCCAACGAUCCCAUAGAAGAAAGUGAAGACUGUUUGUCGCUCGAUGUCAUGGUUCCUGCCAAGCCUGCCUCUACGUCCCUUCCAGUGCUGGUUCAGAUACACGGCGGCGGGUAUACAUCCGGCUAUGGUCGAUUAGUCCCUGGAAAUGCCCUGGUAUUCCAGUCUCGAGGAGACCUCAUCUACGUAUCCGUUCAGUACCGCCUAGGUGCAUACGGAUUCUUGGGCGGCGUCGAAGUAACUGAGAAUGGUGUUACUAAUGUCGGUCUCCUUGACCAGCGAGCAGCUCUCAACUGGGUUCAACGCCAUAUCGCAUCCUUUGGUGGUGAUCCAGCGAAAGUUACUAUAAUUGGUGGUAGUGCUGGCGGAGGCUCUGUUAUCGACCAGAUGAUCAUGUACGGCGGAGACUUCAAUCCACCUUUCAGAGCAGCCAUUGCAGAAUACCCAUGGAUGCAGCCAUACCAUAACAAUACUGCACUCCAGAGACAAUACAAUCAACUCCUUUCUAUUGCCAACUGUUCCAAUAUAGCCUGUUUACGCGGACUCUCCGAAGAGGACCUUGCCAAUGCAGUAAACCAAACUUACUAUAAGGCCUACGCGCAUGGCGAAUACGGUUAUGGAGACUUCUACUACGGACCCUAUGUUGAUAGGAACAUUAUCCGGGAUCUCCCCUCUCAAGAGUUUAAAACUGGCCAUUUUAGCAAGGUGCCUCUAAUGACCAACAGGGAAGGCUAUGAAGGGGCUACUUUUACAAACAGUAGUGAAGUGACCCCCUUUGAAAUGCAGCAGGGGCUCGAAACCUUAUUCCCGAAUGCUAAACAGUCUUUCUUUAAUCGCCUAUACCAGCUUUACCCUCGCGCAGCUUACAAUUCAACCUUCUUCCAGCGACAGCAGCUGUUUGGUGAUUUUAUUAUCUCUUGUCCAACGUAUUACUUCGGCGCUGCAGUGUCAGACUGGGGUAACCGUGUGUAUAAAAUGAUCUUUGAUGCCGGCACUCAGGGCCAUGGCUCCCUUAUACCGUUUACUGAGACGGUGAACUUGGAGGCUACUACGACGCCCAGUUACUAUAUUUCGUUCGCAACUUCUCUUGACCCGAACGCGAUCGCUUAUAUUAACAACAGUCUGCCUCACUGGCCACCCUACCAAGGCGAUGAUAGUGGCAGUUUUACCGUCUUAAAUGUGACCUACGGCGGUGUUGAAGCUGCUCCAGAUAAUGACGCAUCACCACAGUGCGACUUUUUCCACUCUCAAAGCUAUGUUGUCAGAAAUUAA